UUCCCAAUAGUCCCUCCCAAAAACGGAUGUUGUGAUUUUGAUCUAUCAUGUGCGAAACAGACGUUUCGCUAACGGAGCAUGUGUUGUUAAAUUCUUGCAUAAUCGGACUAUAAAAUAAGUGAUCAAAAAAAAUCUCUGGGAUGUUGCACGAAGCGAAAGAAACGUGUCCUUUUGCCGAGGACAGUUUUAGCCGUUUUUUGACUCAGAGUAACAUGUACGGCCUCUGCCAGGCAGGACAACAAGAGUUACUGGCUGCGACUUUGAAAGGCAAAGUAGUCUGUUUCAAGUACCAAGACUUACUACAGAAAAUCAGACCUGUUGCCAAAGAGGUCCAGUUCACUUACAUACCAGUUGACGCUGAGAUUGUAUCAAUCGAUGCGUUCACCAAGUCUCCACCAAACCGAGGGCUUGUUGUGGGAAUCACCUUCAUCAAGGAUUCUGGCGACAAAGCAACUCCGUUCCUCAACAUUUAUUGCGAUUACGAACCAGGUUCUGAGUUCAACCUGGAGUCAAUUGCACAGAGCUGUCUCAACCUGGAGCUGCAGUUUACGCCGUUCCAGCUUUACCACACAGAGGUGCAUUGUGGAGAUGCAGGCAGCGAGACCGUCUUUCUGCUAAGUGGUCACGACCAGAGAAUCCACCUCUACAAAGAGAAUGCCUCGCUUCACCAGUUCGAGGAGCAGCCAGUGGAGAGGCUGUUCCCUGAACUGCAGAAACUACCGAGCAAUGUUCUGUGGAUGGAUGUGUUAAGUAUCCCAGGAGACCGCCGCCUGUCCGCGUUCGGCUGUCAGAACGGCUGUGUGGGUCUGGCUCUGGUGGACCAGACAGGGCCUGAGGUACUACAGAGCUGGAGUAUACAGCAGGACAGUCCCAUCUCCACUGUCCUGCUCUUCCCUCUCCCCUGCCAGACUGACUCUCCCCACGAGGGGUACAACCUACUGGUGACCAGCACCAUCGAGAUGGCCGUGGUGUACAGGGACGUGCAGGAGAGCGGCGUGUCUCGCCCCGUGUGCCUCGCGGGGAGCGACCAGAGCGACGCGCUUCUCUGCGCGCUGACGGUGGAUCUGGACUUUGACGGGCAGAGGGAGAUUCUCCUGGGAACCCACGGGCAGGAGCUGCUCUGCUACAAGUUCCAGCAACCAAUGAGAGGGGCCACGGGCCAGUUCCAACUGCAGUGGAGGCGGAGCUUCAAGAGCCCCUUGCUGUCCAUCAUCUACCUGGACCUGACGGGCGACGGGCUGAAGGAGCUGGCUAUUUUAACGCUGAAAGGACUGCACAUAUUACAGCAUAGUCUGACCAGUACAGCAGAUCUCGUCCUCCAGCGAUUGGCUCAAAGAGUUUCCAUUCUGACGACUGCGUCCGAGGUCCAGCCAAUCACAGGCCAGGAUACUGAGGAGAGUGAUGUUGCAGCCAAUAAGGAGCUGGAUGCUAUAGAGCCACCAUCGAUAUAGAGACUUCCAUCUCAAGUUGAGACCUCCAUUCUGUUGCCUACAGUUUAUAUGUAACUGUGCUGACUCUGUGAUGCCUGAGAGAGCUGGAGUUUUACACGCCUCUUUGAGAAUCAGUAUCAUUAUAAAAAAUGUUUAUUUAUUGAUGAUGUUAUUUAGGAUCAUGAUUCAUGAAUCUUUAAGUUCAAUAUUUAUGUACAUGGUACAUGUGCUUGCAUUGCUGACAGUGUUGCCAAAAUAUUGCAAUGUCUUUCCAAUUAAUUGAUUUAUCGUGCAGAAAAAAUAUAAUAAAACACUAGUGCCUACUUCCAACAACACGACAAA